AUGACGGAUCAUGAGAGCUUUUCGCUCCCAGAGUCGGAGCGCAACGGGCACAAUGCUUCCAGCGACGACUCGGCCGCUAAGAAGCCCUCAAUUGCCGAGUCUGUAUGGAUAUCGGCGUCCAUGUCCAAGACGAGAGAGGCGCUCUUCGUCGCAGUCGUCUGCAUGGCUCAGUUCUGCACCCAGGCGGCCUACAUGGGGACGCUGGUCCUCUUGCGAAAAAUCGGCGAUAGCUUCGGCGUGACGGACCCCGCCCACCUCGCAUGGCUCGUGGCCGGCUACUCCCUGACGGUCGGCACGUUUAUCCUCCUGUCCGGACGACUCGGCGACAUCUUUGGCUACAAAAAUAUGCUCGUCGUUGGGUUUGCCUGGUUCUCGCUCUGGUCACUCGUGUCCGGGCUCAGCGUCUACUCCGACUUUACGCUCGCCGUCUUCUCCCGCGUUCUCCAGGGCAUCGGACCGGCGCUGUGCCUGCCCAAUGCCCUGGCCAUCUUUGGCUCGGCCUACCCGCCUGGUCACCGCAAGGCCAUGGUGUUUGCGUGUUUUGGCGCGGUAGCGCCUAUCGGUGGCGUGUGCGGCGCCGUGUUUGCAUCGUUGCUUGCCAUGGCAUGGUGGCCGUGGGCGCUUUGGGCCAUGGCCAUCUGCCUCGCUGUGCUUGCUGUCGCUGCCUACUUCAUCAUCCCGAAGCCGCCUCAUCAAAAGGCAGAGCCGCGCUCAUUGCGGGCGUGGAUUAUUGCGCUGGAUGCGCCGGCCGCCGCUGUUGGUGUCGUGGCUUUGAUCCUCUUCAACUUUGCUUGGACGCAGGCACCGAUCAGUGGAUGGGGCACACCGACGAUUAUUGUGCCGCUUGUUCUCGGUGUACUGCUGUUCGCGGUGUUUGCGUACUUGGAGCUGAAGAUGAGCGAGUAUCCUCUGUUACCGUUUGAUGCCUUUAAGCCCGACAUCUGCUUCGUUCUUGCCGCGCUCGUGUGCGGUUGGGCUACGUUUGGUAUCUGGACGCUGUAUCUUGUACAAAUACUGGAGGAUAUCCGCGGACUGUCGCCCCUGCUUACCUCGGUCUAUUUUGCACCCGCCAUUUGCGCUGGAGGGGUUGCUGCCUUCAUGACUGGAAAGCUUCUAGGCCCCUUGCAGGUCCGCCCACCGUUUGUCAUGAUGCUGGCGUUGACAGCAUUCACCACGGGCAUCAUUUUGACCGCCUUUGCUCCCGUUCACCAGAUCUACUGGGGCCAGAUUUUUGUUUCCAUGAUUAUUAUGCCGUUUGGCAUGGAUAUGAGCUUCCCAGCUGCAACACUUACUCUUUCCAAUGCCGUCGCAAAAGAACACCAGGGAAUCGGGGCUAGCUUGGUCAAUACUGUUGUCAACUACGGCAUCGCAUUAGGGGUUGGCCUUGCGGGAACCAUUGAAGUGAAUGUAAGAGGGCCAUCAGACUCGUCGGACGAUCGACUGAAGGGGUAUCGCUCGGGCUUGUAUACAGGUAUUGGCCUGGCCGGUUUAGGCAUGGGAACAUGUAUUAUGUUCUUGUUUAAACGGAACAGAGCAUGA